AUGGCAGCCUCAAAUAACCUCAUCGAUUUCGAUGUAAUCGAAGGACAGAAGGAGAACAUUCAGUCGUUGCCCGGUGGACGAUCGGCAAGGAAAUUAGCAGAGUUGUACUCGCCAUCACCACUGCACAAACUCGCAACACCCACUCCUUCAGAUACCAAAAAUGUCCACGAUUGCAUUCGCGCCGAGUACGAGACAGAGAUUCAAAAUAUCUCCGAUUCAGACGAUCCUCUCGAUGUGUUCGACCGGUACGUCAGAUGGACACUGGAUGCAUACCCAACAGCACAGGCAACUCCUCAAUCGCAGCUCCACACGUUGCUUGAACGCGCCACAAAGACAUUCAUCACCUCUGCACAAUAUAAAAACGAUCCUCGCUACUUGAGGCUCUGGGUUCAUUACAUCCACUUCUUUUCAGACUCCCCCAGAGAGACCUACAUGUUUCUCUCUCGUCAUGGGAUAGGAGAAGGGUUGGCCCUCUUUUAUGAGGAGUAUGCUGCUUGGUUGGAAGCUGCAGGAAGAUGGGCGCAAGCACAGGAAGUCUAUAAGCUCGGGAUCGAGCGUGAGAGCAGGCCAGUCCAGAGAUUGAUGCGAAAGUACAAGGAGUUUGAGGAACGAAUGGCACAGCAGCCUGCUCGCGCGCUCGAGCCGUCCUCGCCAGCCCUUCCUACCGUUCGUCCAGCGCUGGCAGCAAAGGUUUAUCCGUUUGGAUCUUCGUCUCGGCCCAGUGAUCCUCACGCGCCGCGGCCUAGUAGCAGUGUCGGCGGCGCUAGUUCAAAGCCAGCCAAAUCAAAGCUUGCUAUCUUUUCUGAUGCAGAUGCUAAGCCAGCGCCUCUAUCAUCCAGGGGAGUGGAAUCCAAGGGGUGGGAAUCAGUUGGAUCAUUGUCUGAUCGUAAGAAAGAAAACGCCUUGAAACCGAUGCCAUGGGUUGGUGAGACGUUGAAAGCUGGAGGAAAGAAGAGCGCUGCGCCAAAGAUGGCAGUGUUCAGGGAUCCGUCGUUAUCUAAAAUAAACAACAUCGGCAUUGUAUGGUUCAAAAGCCAAGUGACUGUCCACCCUCAAACAGGGAGGAAAGAGUACAUAUUCGUUGACCUUGCGGCUGUGUAUCCAACUCCAGAAGAGCCCGGUUCGGAGCUGAGCUUCGAAGAAAUCAUCGCGGCGAACCGGGGCUGGUUAGGUCGGUCCUGGAAUAAUGAGGCGGUGGAGGAAGAGGAAGAUCUUGUCCCGGAGCCGAUACUACAUCUGAAUGAGAUUGAGGAGAUCAGUCGUGGUGUCAGCAAAAAGCUUGCUAUCCAUCGAGAUCCAAUGCAGUUUGAUGAAAAUGGGGAGAUGAAAGAGCACCAAGAGCCUCGUGUUGCCAAGAAAAAGAAGAUCAUGGAAGUCAAUGAGACUCAAAUCAUCAAGGCAAAGUUGGACUCGCCGUCAGGGCCCAAAUUCCGCAAGAAGAUAACGUCUGAGCCUACAAUGACGCUGCAUACCAAGGCGGCGACUGACGACAUAUACGACAUAUUCAACGCUCCUCUUAAGCCUCUUCACGGAAAUGAAAGUGCAGAGGAUGAUGAUUAUGAAACAGAUGGCGAAUAUACCACUGACGGCGAAAGUACUGGCACAACUAGGCAUCUCGAUGCUACGAGUCAACCUGGCGAUGAAGCGACCGCUGACGCAAAGAGUCUUGCCGAGUGGUCAAACUGUCCAGCUCAAAGACAUAUCGCAGUCGUUGGGGAAGAGGUUGCAGACGGUACUCUUCCAACACGCAGCGAUGAUGAGGGCCAUAACGAGGAGCCAGAAGCCGGGGAGCAGACCUGUCCCACAUGUCCGAUUGAAGAGACAAUAGAUGGCUCUAUAGAUGAGCAGUCGCCUCCUGAAACCCGCACGGCGUUUAUUCCCAUUCCUCCAGAAGAUUAUGAACCCCCGACACGUCCGUAUAGGGACCCGGCGGAGGUGGCGAAUAAUCGACUCCCAUUCAUGACGCCAAUUACCGAACGGACAGAAUGCUCAGUUGAUGUUGACCUGGAGCGUCGCGAUACAUUCAAAACACCAUGCAGACGAGACAGCGUUACCGAGGCCAUGAGAGAAGAUCAGUCUGACGACGAGCUCUUGAGCAGUCCUCUGAGAGAAAUUGUCGACGGCGAGUGUCCCCCGCCAAGAAUUCCUGAUGCGUUGGUCCCGAAAUCCAGAUCUACUGUCAAACCGCCUGCCAACGCUAUUCGCCAAAAAGGCCCCGUGAUCAAGGAUGUUCAGUGCAACCCCGUUGACAUCUCUAUCCGUGAAGAAAUUUUAAGCAACCUUCAGCCUCCUCUGCGGUCGUACCCUGGGUUCCACGACCGAAGUGAGCAAAAGUACGAACGUGGUGCUGAUAUUCGCAAGUUUAUCAAGGCCUUGAACAGACUGAGCAAGGGCGGCACUGACAAGACGGGACCUCUCCCAGCUCCAGUCACAAUUGAGUUUCCGAGCACAGGCCGAGUGUACACCUUGAAACGGGAGCUUGGUGCAGGGGCAUUUGCCCCCGUAUAUCUGGUCGAAAACUCGUGUCCGCAAGAGGAUGAAAAUGACGACAAUGCAGUAGUCACUAUGGGCAAAGGCAUGUUCGCUGUUAGUCACCGCAAUGAAUUGGAGGCACUCAAGAUGGAAGCACCGCCCACGCCCUGGGAAUUCUACAUUAUGAGGCUUGCGCACUCUCGUUUAGGUCCACAGCACCGUGCAGCAGCUUCUCUGUCUUAUGCGCAUGAGCUACAGCUGUAUCAGGACGAGGGAUUCCUCUUUCUCCCGUACCACCCUCAUGGAACACUUCUAGAUGUCGUAAACAUCUUCAGAACCGAGCCGUCUGGCGUGAUGGAUGAGCAGCUCGCCAUGUUCUUUUCCAUUGAACUUGUGCGCACUGUUGAGGCCCUUCAUACCAAGAACAUCCUGCAUGGCGACCUCAAGGCCGACAACUGUCUACUUCGGCUGGAUGCCACGUCUUCGGAGCAGCCUCUAUCAAUGCCAUGGAAAGCGGACGGCAGUGGCGGAUGGGCCUCGAGAGGCAUCUUUCUCAUCGACUUUGGCCGAGGCAUUGAUAUGAAGGCGUUUGUGCCAAAUGUGGAGUUCAUCGCAGACUGGAAGACUUCAUCACAGGACUGCGCGGAGAUGCGUGAGGGACGCCCCUGGACAUGGCAAAUUGACUACCAUGGUCUGGCGGGUAUCAUUCACUGUCUCCUCUUCGGGAAGUACAUUGAAACACAGCGGUGUGAUCAAGGUGGGCUUGGUCGUACAGGCAGAAAGUACAAGAUCCGUGAAAGCCUUAAGCGAUACUGGCAGGCAGAUCUUUGGUCCGAGUGCUUUGAGGUGUUGCUCAACCCCGGGUCGUUUUUAGAAUUCGAAGACGGGUGCAAAAUGCCGGUGCUGAAGUCGUUAAAGAGCGUGCGGGAAAGAAUGGAGCAGUGGCUUGAGGCAAACUGUGACCGUGGUGUUGGCUUGCGAUCUCUAAUUAGCAAGUUGGAAGGAUACGCGAAAUCUCGCAGGUAA